AUGGAUGGCGGCAACGACGACUCCGACUCCAACCGAUACACGCCCUCCGCCUGGGACCCGCACCCAGACCCCGAUCACGACGAGCUCGGCCUUGUCGAGGGCUUUCUGUCGCGCCUCUUCCACGACCGCUUCCUGACCAACAGUCGCCCCGCAGCCUCCGACGCCGCCCCACCGCCGCCGCCGCCGGCAAACAAUCUCGUGCCUUUCUUCGCGGCCGACAGCGUCUUUGCAGCGCAGCAGCCCUCCGCGCAGCAGCCCUCCGCCCAGCCGCCCUCAGACGCCUCCCCGCCGCCGCCAAUGCAGCGCACCCCGCAUGUCGUCUUCUGCGUCGAUGACACGGUCGGCCUCAAAGACGACAAAUACAGCGUCGGCGUCGUCGACCGCUCCUUCACCGACGUCGACACGCACGAGCCCCGCCCCCAGCGCGACUAUGGCGAGGACAUCGAGCGCCACCCCGACGUGCCGCUGGCCGAGCACCACAAGUUCAUGAAGACGGGCAUCCCGCCGCGCGGCACCGUGCUGGUCUCGUGGCAGACGCAGCUGAAGACGGAGCUGAUCCCGGAACACCAGCUGCAGCUGCUCGACCGCGCCCUGUACGUCGGCGAUGUCGUAAAGCGCCGCGCCGAGGACCACAUGAGCGGCACCGUCAUCGGCACCAAGGCUGUCUGCACCCUCUUCCCCGCCACGCAGUUCCAGAGCGGCCAGAUCACCCAAGCCGCCACCGACGACCUCUCCAUACGCAACGUCCCCGCCAACGAGCUGCUGAACGUCCACGAAUAUGUCGAGGGCGCCCUCGUCGUCUACGGCGACUGGGUGGGGCGCAUCGAGACCGUCUACGAUCAAGUCGCCGUCAAGCUGUCGAACAACUCGGUCGUAGUCGUAGAGGACCCGGCCGAGCUGGAGCACGACGAGAUCACCGUGGAGCGCCUCAGCGUGGGCGACACUGUGCGCACCAAGAAGGGCAACCUGCGACGAGGCCUCUGGAGAUACGGCGCAUUCGACCCCAACAUCAAGCCCGAGGGCAUGGUCGUCGAGACAAGACCCAUUGAGAUCGACGUCCAGUGGCUGGCAAGGAGCAUCCACGCCCAGGACAACCAGUUUUCACUCACAGAGCCACCGCCGACCCUUGAACGAGACGAAUUCGAAAGCAACCGCUUUCACCGCUACGAUGCCUCUGCCGGCGCUGCAUCCACGCUGCCUGUACUGCCCAACGGAACAGAGCGCACAUAUCAUGUCACGGAUGUAGCAGUCGGUGACCGCGUGCGCUUCAAGGAUCUCUCAGGCGCCGCUGUCAAGUACGACGGGACCCACACGCUACCAAACGGAUAUCCCCAGGGCAAAGUCAGCAAACUGCCUCGCACCGAGACACUAGGAUACGACAUGAACGUCUUCCUUGUCAUGCAAACACACACACAAGUCACAGUGCAGUGGCAAGAUCUAUCCAUCACCGAAGACGUCAGCUCGUCGCUCAUCCCUGACCCAAACGUCGAAGACGAUGACGAGGUCUGGCCCGCUGAGAUUGUCUGCAGCAAGGAAGACAAGAGCAACAACACAGAUCAGCAAGUCGGACAGUGGAUGAAGGAACCCGCGAGGGUAGGCGUAGUCCAGGAAGUAAAGUCGCGAGACCGGAUAGCGAGCGUUCGGUGGUUCAAGGACCACGACAUCAAGUUCUUCGGUGCUGAUCUGCUGCGGCCUGCGACAACAGGUGAGCUCUCCGAGACCGCCGAGGAUGUCAGCCUCUACGACAUUUACUCUUCGCCGGCCCUGACAAGGCGGCGAGGUGACUUCGUCCUCGUCCACCCAAGGAGCUUGCCGACCGAUUUCUCCUCCACCGGGCCCAACUGGUUUGGCGAGGUUGUCGAUCUGGGUCUUGAUGGCAAGGUCACGGUCCGUCUAGGCGCAGCUAAGCCCGUCGUCGACAUUCAGGUGGUAUACGAGGAUGUCACUUUGACUUACAGCACUGACAUGGACAAUGAGUUUCUCAACAUGCAAGAGCUCGACGGCGACUCGGUCGAUGACUAUGAAGAGGACAUGACUGACUUCGACUCUGCCUCCUUUAACGAGAUGUGGAUAGAAUACGAGGGCAUGGAGGGCGAGCCACCGGUCGGUGACGAGGCAGAUUGGUCUACAGAAGAUGAGGAAGAGGCAGAAGAGGAUGACGACGAUGAUGAUACCUCGAUGCCUGACCUCGAACCAUUUGACGGUGUCGACACAUCGAAAACAACUCCUGAUCCCGUUGCGAGCUCAGGAGCCACAGACGCAGCACACGAAGCAACAAAUGGCGAUGCGGGCCCCGAAUUGCACGAGCAUGCCAACUCACCAUCAGACGCGCCCGCGUCGUUUGUCAUACUCGAUACACCACCACCCUCAGGUCACCACUAUAUCCAAAACACAUCAGCCUCCUCGUCGGCAUUCAUGCGCCGCAUCGCAAAAGAGCACAAGAUCCUUCGAGGCUCCCUGCCACCGAACAUCUUUGUCCGCACCUGGGAAUCACGCCUCGACCUCAUCCGCGUCCUGAUCAUCGGCCCCAGCGACACACCCUACGAAUACGCACCCUUCGUCAUCGAUUUUCACCUUGGCUCUUCUUACCCCCAGUCACCGCCGGAAGCCUUCUUCCACAGCUGGACCAACGGCAACGGCCCUGUAAACCCAAACCUGUACGAAGACGGCAAGAUCUGUCUCAGUCUGCUGGGCACAUGGCACACGGACGAGCGCAACGAGAGCUGGAGCCCCGCGAAGAGCACAUUGCUGCAGGUCCUCGUGAGCAUCAUGGGGCUGGUGCUCGUCAGAGACCCGUACUACAACGAGGCAGGCUACGAUGUUCAGCGCGCGGCGCCCGAGACAAGAUUGAGCUCGGCACUGUACACGGAGCGCGCGUAUUUCCGCGCAAGGGCUUUCAUCAACCACGCCCUCGGCAACACAAUCGAACCCUUCGCCGCAGAGCUGCAGUACCUCUACCGCAGCGACGCACCAGACGCGCCCCGCCUGCUGGACAAAGCGAUCGGAGCCGCCAAGGACGUUGUCGAGCGCAGCUCCAACGCCGGCGAGGAGGGCGAGCGCGACGGUCUGCGCACCAUCAGCCUAGGCGCCGUGGUCAUGUUGAAACGACAAGUCGAGAAGCUGGAGGCGUUGAAGCAAGGCGGUGCGCCGGCUUAG